AUGGGUAUUAAAGGACUUCACGGGCUUCUCAAGUCCAUUCAGAAGCCAUGUCACAUCAAGAAAUUUAGUGGGCAAACCAUUGGAGUUGAUGCAUAUGGAUGGCUGCACCGUGGUACCGUUGCUUGUUCCGUGGAUCUAGUCCUGGACAAUCCCACUAGGAAGCACCUCGAUUUCGUCCUCAACCGAGUCCGCAUGCUUCUCUUUUUCGGAGUAAAGCCCUAUCUCGUCUUCGACGGCGACAAUUUGCCCAGCAAGUCAGGCACGGAGCAGGAUCGGCACCGGCGGCGUCAGGAAAGCAAGGCUCUAGGACUCGAACUGCAACGGAAAGGGAGGAUGCCGGAGGCAUACCAAGAAUUUCAAAAGGCUGUUGACGUGACGCCCUACAUGGCCCGCCAACUGAUUGAGGAACUGAAGCAAAUGAACGUGGAAUAUGUGGUGGCACCAUACGAGGCAGAUGCGCAGUUGGUGUAUCUCGAGCAGCAGGGCGUUAUCCAUGGGAUCAUAUCAGAGGACUCCGAUUUGCUUGUCUUUGGAGCCAAGCGGUUGCUUUCCAAACUGGACCAGCAUGGAGAAUGCAUUGAGAUAAACCGGGCUGACUUCACUGCUUGUCGUGAGGUUAGCCUGGUUGGCUGGAGUGAUGCGGAUUUCAGACGCAUGUGCAUUUUGAGUGGUUGUGAUUACUUGGCAAAUAUUCCGAAGAUGGGACUGAAGACUGCAUACCGAGUCAUUCGCAAGCACAAGACUGUUGAAAAAGCUCUACGCAUGCUCCAGUUCGAGGGCCAAUUCCGAGUCCCGGCCGACUACCAGGCCAACUUCAAUCAGGCCGAGCUAACUUUCCUUUACCAGCGGGUCUUCUGUCACAAGGCUGAAAAGCUGGUUACUUUGUCACCGCCGGAAGAGGGUAUUAAUUUGGAUGAGCUGCCAUACAUUGGUGGAGAUAUGGAACCCGAAAUUGCUAUUGGUGUCUCUCGGGGUGACUUGGAUCCGACUACCAAGGAGCGCAUUUGCAUAAAGCCACUGUCUACCAAUAAAGGGUCUCUUGGCAUCAAUCGUCGCCAGACAUUGGGGACUUCCUCCGAAUUGAAGCCGAGAAAGCCUAUCAAUUCGUUCUUUACCCCGAAGCGGACCCCUUUGGCCGAACUGGAUCCCAACAGCUUGACACCGUCGCCCAGCCAGCAGCGACUGUUGGACCGCAAUUUUAACCAUUCCUGGCAGGCGAACCCGGCGCCCCUCCGUUCAAACUCUGUUAGGUCCACCCCUCUCCGGGCAUUCUCCGAUCAAGGUCUUAGCCCUAUGAUCCGGAGUGUCGAGCGGUCCUCUUUCCUCGCGCAAAGCGCAAGCUCGUCGACUUUGCAACCGACCAAGAGACAAAGACUGUGCUCCGAGACUGAAGGAGACUCUUUGCCCGCAUGCCCCACCGCGCGCAGCCGGUUCUUUGCCCCCAGCAAUGAACAAACUAGCCCCAGUGGACAAAAGCUCUUUAGAUCUAAAAAGCCACGGAAAUCCGUGAUGGAUGUCUUCUCUGACGAUGUCGCAGAAGAUAUCAUGUCCAGCAUUCCAGACCCGAGUGCCACUCCUGGGCUGGGUGACUCAAAACCUGAGAGCAAUACCGAAACCCCUACCAAGCAGAGUGAAGCCAAAAUACCUACUUCCCAAUCUACAGACAGUGGGGCAUCGACAAGCACAGAUAUGGAGAAACCCCACAAUUCACCUGGAGAUGACCCCACCAACUCUCCAAUUUUCAAUGAGGCUCUUGAGUAUCACGUUGACCGACAGAACUCGACUCUUCUGUCUAAGUUCACAUUUCAGUCUGGACCAACGCUGGAGGCUGCCACACCUCGCUCCCCCAUGACGAAGAUCCCCGUGAUCCAGUCUCACCGGCCCCCACCACCGUCGACGCCUAAGACAGGCAGCAUUUCACGCGGAAAUACGGCUCAACGGCGCCUGACGCCUCUCCAGCGCAUGGGACACGCUGCUCUUGCUCGUUCUAAAUCUAUCAACCUCCCUACCAAACUUCGGGAUGCUGCCGCUGCGGGGUCUUGGGCCGAACAAUCUUCCCCAGUCUCGAAAGAGUCCUCUUUUACUGGAACCAUUGGUACCCAAGGCAGCGAGGAUCAGAUCGUCCCUGACAGCGAGGAUGAUGAGGAAGAGUCCAGCAUUGGGCUCUCCGCCACUCCUUUGGAUCUCAAGCGCUUUUCUUUUACAGCAAAUUAG